AUGGCUGCCGCUACCGAGCGCUUCAUACAUCUCGCGCGCCCGCUGGCUCAUAGCAACGUUGGCCUCCAGACUAACAUCGCCCCGCUCAGCGUCAACAUCCAGCCGCAGGCCGUCCUCUCGAUUCUCGAUCACGCUGUGCGAAGGGACAUCCGCGAGAAUGCCCAGUCAACCCGAGUCAUCGGCGCCUUGGUCGGCACCCGGUCCGAAGACGGCACCGAAGUCGAGGUCCGCUCUUGUUUCGCCAUCCCGCACACCGAAGAGGAGGAUCAAGUCGAGGUGGACGUCGAAUACCAAAAGAACAUGCUCGCCUUGACCCUCAAGGCCUCCCCGCGCGAGUCCCUGCUCGGGUGGUACACGACUUCCCACGAACUCAACAGCUUCAGCGCCUUGAUCCAAAACUUCUUCGGCAGUCCCGAGACGGGCACGUUCCCGCAUCCCGCCAUCCACCUGACCAUCUCGACCGAGCCGGGCGAGGACAUCCAGACGAAAUGCUACAUCAGCGCUCCAGUUGCCGUCAACGCCGAGCGGGCAGCCGAGAGCUGUCUGUUCAUCCAGGUCCCCCACAAGAUGCUCUAUGGCGAUGCCGACAGGAGCGCCCUCGAGACCCUUGGCAGCGCGCAGAAUCUCGAGUCCCGGACUGCGCCUCUGGUAUCAGACAUCGAGGGCUUGGGCCGGUCAAUCGAGCAGACCCUGGGCCUCCUGGACCGGGUAAGCGAGUGGGCAAACGGUGUGCUGGACGAGGAAGAGGAGCCCAACAACGCUCUGGGACAGCACCUGAUGAGCGCUCUGUCUCUGGCGCCCAAGGUCGACACGUCGCAAAUCGAGCAUGAUUUCAACAACCACAUUCAAGACGUGCUUAUGGUCAGCUACCUCGCAAACACCAUCCGCACUCAGAUCGAUCUGUCUCAGAGAUUGGCCACCGCCAACCUGACAGGCAACGAAAAAGACGGCGAGGGCAAGGGCGACGGUGAGCGAGGUGGCAACCAGCGCGGCGGCAAGCGAGGCGGGCGGGGCGGCGGCAGGGGAGGUGGUCAGCCUCGGGAACCCCGGGAACCCACGGAUUAG